AUGGUGAUUGAAUGUCACCAUUCUACGGCGGUUCAAGCUUUUAUACUGGCCAUGACUCGUGGCACUCCAUUCCACACAAGCUUGGUGGUGAACACGCCGAAGACUAUAGAUGAACAUAAUGAAAGAGCUGAUGGAUUUGUGCGUUUGGAAGAAGAAGAGGCAGUAAACGCUUGGAAGACAUCCGUCAUAUCAACAGAGGACAAAACCAAAGCAAAGAUCAGACAAAAGCAGGAGACAGGUAGAGAUACUGAUAGCCAGAGGCGAGUUCGCAAGUUAUAUUCAAGGCCCGGUGGUGGAACAGAACCGACCAAAGAGCACGUGAAGAGGAAUCAGAAGUCGAACUCUCACAAUACGCAACCAGUCCGAAUAAUCAAUGUAAUUCACGGUCGGCCUGAGCCUACUGAGGAGUCAGAUGAACUACUUCUAACAUGCCUUCGCAAGGCACGGAUGAAGAAAAGGAUAGGAAGUGUAAACACUCUGCACCAACAGAGCGCAACAACACAGAUAAAGUUUGACAGAACAGAUUUAUUACUUGUUCAGAUCCCUCAUGAGGACCCGUUGGUCUUCAGUUUGACAGUGGCUGAAUGUUUGGUACGCAGAGUUCUGAUUGAUCCUGGAAGUAGUGCGAACGUCAUGCCAAGGGAUACAUUUGAUCGGCUCAAGAUUAAGUCGGCCUGGCUCAAAUCUACCGGGAAUCCUCUACUAGGGUUUGAUGGAAAACGAGUGGAGCCCAUCAGUAUGGUGGAGGUAGCAGUACAUGCGGCAGAGAGGGUUCUGAUGGAGACCUUUGUGGUUGUCAAAAUUCAUCCCUCUUAUAACCUUCUGAUGGGCAGAGGGUGGAUCCACAGUGUUCAAGGUGUUCCUUCCACUCUGCAUCAAGUAAUGAGAUGCCUGGGGCUAGACGGAUCCAAGGUGAUCGACAUUCAUGGGGACCAGGUUACAGCUAAGGAAUGUUAUUCAAUAACGCUGAAGUAUGCUGGAAAAAGGGAAAUCACCCAUCCGUUCGGCAAGCCCGAGAUAGCAAUUACAGGAACCUCCCCCCAAGCAAAAUGGGGAGGAGGAGCCAGUGGACUUGACCGAAGAACCCCUGGUUGA